CUUUUUUCCCAUCACUAAACUGUCAUGGCUGACGAGUGAGCAAAAGACGCUGUGAUUAUUUAUCGUUGCAUUUUUCAUAUUUUACGUUAAAAUACAGCCUGCAACUUAUAAUUCACAUAGUAAUCAACAUAGUUUGUCUAUUUCAUUUAUAAAUUCAGUGGCGGAAUCUGUGAUUUAGGUAUAAUAUCAGAAUUAUGGCGGCGGUUCAGGGUGCACCAGGAAAUAAGCCAUGGGCAGGCAACAGGCCAGGAGUUCAGCACCAGAACAGCCAAAACAACUCUAGUCUAACCAUUAAUAGGUCGAUAAAUCUAUAUCCCCUGACGAAUUACACAUUCGGGACCAAAGAACCGCUGUUUGAAAAAGAUGCGUCAGUUCCAGCCAGAUUCCAAAGAAUGAGGGAGGAGUUUGUGAAAAUUGGCAUGAGGAGGUCAGUGGAAGGAGUCCUGCUGGUGCACGAGCACGGUCUCCCGCACGUGUUGCUGCUGCAGCUCGGGACCGCAUUCUUCAAGCUGCCCGGCGGAGAGCUCAACCCUGGCGAGGAUGAGAUUGAGGGUCUGAAGCGGCUGCUGACGGAGACGCUGGGGCGGCAGGACGGUGUCAAGCAGGAGUGGGUCAUCGAGGACACUAUCGGCAACUGGUGGCGCCCAAACUUCGAGCCGCCCCAAUACCCGUACAUCCCUCCCCACAUCACGAAGCCAAAAGAGCACAAACGUCUCUUCCUAGUACAACUGCAAGACCGGGCCCUGUUCGCUGUGCCCAAAAACUACAAGCUUGUGGCGGCGCCACUGUUCGAGUUGUAUGACAACGCUCAGGGAUACGGGCCGAUUAUAUCUUCGUUGUCGCAGAGUCUGUGUCGGUUCAAUUUUAUCUACAUGUAGAUAAAUUGGGGGUGUGGAUGUUAAAUAUGGUCAUUUGGUUUUUUCGUGAGUGUUGUGGUGUGGAGCUGAAUAGACUCGUGAAAAAUAAGAAAUAGACAAGAAUAUAAUAUUUAAACUGGCUAUACAUAUAUUAUAGCCUAUGUCUACAAAAGUUAGACUGUGUUUUUAAGUUCAGAAAUGCUGAACUAAGGGCCUGUACCCUACUUAUAUUUUUUUAUUAACUUCAAUGCAUUGCGUAUGUGUGUGACUUGGUUAUGUUUUGAAUGUAACACAGACAUUGAUCAUAAUAAACUGUAGCACUUGUGGUGCAAUGUAAUAAGAUUGCAAUAAAAGCACUUUACGCGUUUUUUGUUGAUUUAUAAAAAGUUACUUUUUUUUGUACUUACAGUAGAAUUUCAAUAUCGUGCUCUACUAUACUUAUAAAAGUUUUAAUUAUUUCUAUUUCCUUAUGUAUAAGUUACAUACAUUUCUGUUUUGAGAAAAUUCACGAAAAAAUCAAGUCACAUUUAUUCAUCCUCACGAAUAUAAAUAGGUGUAAGGACUUAACUGAAAAGUUAAAUUAUAAUUUUAGUUUAUGAUUAAUUAAGAUAAAUGACUUGGUAAAACUGUGA